CGCCUCGAAUUUGGCCGAAAUUUAUGGAAUGGGCCGUCGGUGGGAGCGUAGACAAAGGCCUCCACGAUACCCACGAUACGUUUCUGCCGCUCAAAAGGCCACCCUUGGCUUUGGUCUUGGAUGAUAGUGGCCCUAGGCAGCCAUUAGACAGUAUCAAGCUCGUUGCCCCAACAGCUCGAGUAUAUAUUCUCUGUGUCUCUCACGGGAGGCAAGCACUUGAGCGAAGGAAGCAGGAUCAUCAUGUGGGGCUGCCUUGCUGGCCCUGGACCAAAAAGCAAAGGAAAGGAGCAGAGAGAUUGGACGAAAAAUAAGGGAGGAAAAAGACAACGAGGAGAAAGGGGUCGUGCCCUCGAGUAAGUGAGUAGCUAUCUAGAGCUGGCUGUACUGGGUGUGGUUGACAGCCGCUCUACCGAUGGACGGGCGGCCCGGCAUAUGGAGGGGGACCAAAGCGGUGGAUAGUGGUCAGGGCUGCUGGUCGAGUCUGGGGGUUGUGGUGCGCGUGCCCACGCGCGAGCGAGACCCAAGGAGCCAAAAAAAAAAAAGCAGGCAGGCCAGCGGCCACAGCACGCAUCCCAACAGGCAGACGGACGGACCAGACCGACCUUCUUCACACCCAUCCCUGGGAGACGCCCGCACCACACGCCGCCAGACUGGGUAGCUACCAGGUAGACAGCCACACCACCUACAUACAUGGUCUGGAACCCUGCCGAUUGCUGUCGUGCUCGCAACCUUCUUCCAGUCCCUUGCCACCCUACCUGCCAGCAACACCAACCGGGACAGGCCCCCAGGAUACACAGCGCCAGAGGUGUGACCGGCCCGAGAACGCCAGAACGGCAUAACUAGCACAAAAAGCAGCCACGCGGGCUAGUUCAAAACCCGGCCGCCUAGUAAGAACCGGCAAAGGGUUAGCCUAGGGUUACAAAUACUUUUUUGUCUUCAUUUUUGCCUUUCCCUAUCUCGUCUGCUCUCGGCGGCGAUGAGGAGAGGCAUACUCACCGGCAAGGCGUGCAGUAGCUGCCGCAAGAAGAAGCGCAAGUGCGAUGGUCUCACCCCCUGCUCCAACUGCCGUGCCAGGCAGGACCAGUGCACGUACAGCCCGACGCGGUGGACGUCCAAGGACGGGCUGCGGUCCGAGAUCCUCGAGUUCAAGAAGCGCGAGGCCACAGCAGAGACCGUCAUCGACGCCCUGCGCUCGCCGACCCGGGGCGCCCCCGUCCUCGAACAGCUGCAGCGCGGCGAGUCGCUGGAGCAGAUCGAGAACAAGCUCCUGGGCGGUCGGGCCUCGUCCUCGACCUCGGCCGCAAGGUGGGCCUACUCGGAGUUUGGAGACCUGGAUGCUGAGGGCGAGUACGAGGACGGCCGCGACGGGGACCGCGACGACUCCGAGAUGAGGAGCCCCUCGCCCUUUUCGCGCGCUGGCUCCGUCUCGGCCGCCUUCCCCGCCGCCCAGGCCAGGGCCUCGAUCCCCAGCAACCGCAGCAGCAGCAGCAGCAGCAUCGCGGCCCCGCCCGCCGGCGGCGCCCAAUUCUUCCCGAGGCACUGGGGCGAAAUACACCUGUCGCACGGCUCGGCGGCGUCGUCCCCGCUGGCGUCCGCCUCGCCCUCGGUGCCUUCGCCGCCCCAGCUGCAGCCCCCGCAUCCGCACCACCCCCACAUCGGCGGCGGCUUCGACGCGUCCAAGAGGCAGCCGACCACCUUCUCGCUCGCCAUGAUGGAGCAGCUCCUCGACCUCCUGUUCGCCUGGGAGUGCCCGCCCCUGACCAUGAUCACCAGGGAGGCCUUCACGGCCGACUUUGUCAUCGGACGGCAGGGCAAGUACUGCUCCUGGCCGCUGAUCUGCGCCAUCGUCGCCGUCACCAGCAGGCUGCAGGAGAACCCCGCCGCCGUGGACGCCCUCAAGACCCCGACCAACGACUUUGGUGCCUCGACCAGGAGCACGCCAAUCCUAGACAGCGCGGCGGGCGGUAGCGGUGCCGCCACGUCGACUACCGCGAGCCCCGGCCCGGGCGCAACGGCCGCGGACCCUUACCCAGGCGGCUACGAGCUACCGGGCAAGCUAUACUUUGAGCAGGGAUACAAGCUGCUUGCCGAGCAGAGGCAGUGCAAGAGCCUGGCCGACGUCCAGGCGCUGGGCUUGCUCUCCCUGCGCGAGGCGUGCAACGGGAAUGAGGCCUCGGCCCGCGUACUUGCCCAGCGCUGCCUGAGAGAUAUCAGCUCUCUCCGCGAGCGUACAAAGGUCGAGGACGGGACCUUUCUUGCUGCUAGCGCCGAGACAUAUGCUGGGGCUAUCUGUCUCACCAGUAUGCUGGACCUCGUCACCUACUCCCAGCCAGGGGCGUCGCGCUCUCUGGCCUGGCACACCUCGAGCCAGUUUGAGCGCGGAGACUCCCUCUCCACAUCGAUGGGCCCGUCCCAGGGAGGGCCCGACCAACAACACACAAAGUUGGGCCAUCAACAGCCGAUGGCGGCACUGCACCCGGGCCUGUCUACGAGCGGUGGGGGUGGUGCCAGGGCAGCGAGCCCCGGCGGAUAUCAGACACCGGUGGCGCCCGGCCGAGUGGCGAGUGGCAAGAGAGUCGCGACCUUCUCCGACGCCGUGGUGCAGAUCACAACGCUGGCGUGCUCGCGAAUGAAUAUGAUGGGGCCCGGCAACGACUCAAGCUUCGUGCUGGAUAUAUACGAGAAGUGCCUCGAGUGGUACAAUUCGGCUUUGGCUUUGGUGCAUGUUGGUUCUGGGUGGACAACGUUCAACCUGUUUCUCCACAUGUUCUACCACUUCUCCCUUGGCGUCCUUUUCCGCCCACUUCUCGACCAGCCAUCCCUAGUGUUCCGGAACGGCACGAUCUCGCCCCGCGUCAUCUGCGCCGAGUCCGCACAGGCCGUCCUCGGGCUGGCCCAGUCGUACGCGGCAAUAUUCUCCCUCCGCCGUCCGCCGACCUUUGUCCCGUACUUUGUGUACGCCGCCGGUCUGCUGCAGAUGGAGCUUGCGAACGGCUCUUCAAUGCCCAACAGAGGUCAGAGUCAGCAGGGACACCACCAGUAUCAGCAAACGCCGCACGGCCAACAGCAGUACGCGCUACGGCUGCACCCUUUGCAUCAGCAACAACAACAACAACAACAACAACAACAACAACAACAACAACAACAACAACAACAACAACAACAACAACAACAACAACAACAGGGCCAGCCGCAGUUUCAACAGACACAGGAGAUGGACCAACACAGGCCGCAGCUGGUGCGGCAGGGGCCGGACAUGGUGUCGGGGCAGAUGGGGACGUUGAAGCUGGGGUCGUCGAUGGCACAGAGUGCCCAGGGUGUAGCCGAGGAAAGAGUUCUGCAAUACCUCUCGGAAAUGGCGCAGACUCAUCCGGCUGCAGCAGAGGCGCUCUUGGAUUUGCGAAAGCGGCUAUUGGGUGGGUAGACGGAGUAAGGUAACGCAAGGAAAUAAAUAAACAAAAAGCGCAUCUGGUGAGUCUCGACCUUUCAGGUUCUUCAAGCCCAUGCCUACAUUCCGGUUUUCCACGAGACAUACUGGUUAUUGAUAUCGUUGUCGUGAGCCCAUGGACCAACAAAAUGCUCAAUCCGCCAUUUUCGUCCCAGAUGCAGAGAUUCCGUAACCCCGCGCCAUGCCGUAUUCCAUCGGAGGCAUGACGAACAGAUGACCGAAUGACUGAUCACAUAGGUAAAAGAAAGAAAAGAAGCUCCAUACCGGAAUGGGAAAAACGGUCUAGUCCCCAAAGUUGAUGAAUCUUUUCAUGCUGCAAGUCCCGCAAACACUGUGACUUGUGAUCGCGUCGGUCGGGCGAAUCUGAAAUUUGGUGGCCUGCUAGGUUGGAGCGAGGUCCCUCAUGCUGCCCGGACCCUAGAAGAGACUACGCGGGUUCUGCGUGUCCUUGUAGUCUCGGUUUGUCAAUGGGCUGGGUUAGACAUCCUCUCGCAAAAAGUGUCAAGGAAAGCCCAUUUCAACCCAGGAAAGAUUCCAGCUCGGCGUACAACUCCCUUUUGAAGCCUCGGGGUUAACUUUGCGCUUCAUUUCGCAUAAAUUUGAGAUCGCUUGGUUACGGCACAUUUUCACCCCGUUACGUGUGUGAAGGUGCAGGGGAAAGUUGACGAGUGGAGCUGAUAAUACGAUUUGCACAGACAGAAACAGUGGGAGAGAAGAAGACCUCGCCUUGACUAUGGCCAGCCUCUUAGCCUCUGAUACAGAAGUUGGAUGGGAACCAUAGGCUCGAGCCCUGGGGGCCGGAAACCAGCUCCUCGGCCGUUAGCAGGUGCUUGCUUGUGUGCCAUUUUGAGGUACCGGAACCUGGAGACUGAGGGUCACCUGCGCUGCCCAGAAGGUGUUUUGUCGCGCAGUGGCUUGCGGGUCUGUAGCCGGGGUGGACAUUUGGUGCUGGGAAGGACCGGAGGCCUAAGUACGCAGGGCCGGGUUGUCUACGUCUGGAAAUCCGGAGAUGAAAGGAUGAUUGUUUGUCGGUUUUUUUACCAUGGUCCAUGGUCC